UUAUACUUGAAGUUGAAUAUCGAUGAUCCAUAUAUAUUGGUUGAAUAUUUAUACAAAAUUUGAGAUUAUUGUCUGACUUUCGGUUUUCAUAGUUAGUAAAGAAAGUUAUACAUAACUCAUUCUGAAUCUCUUGCAAUAGCUCAAAGGGACCAUGAGAUAAUUCUCGUCAUCUAAAUGGAUGUUCUAUCGGCCAAAUUUUAAUACGAUGUUCUACUGAGUGACCUAGCAUUAAUUAGUCUUGUACUAAAGGCGAUGAACAAGACAAGAUUAUUGGGCCUCUUAUCCCAGACCAAGGGGAUAAUGAGGCCUUAGGCCACUGAUGGAGUUGUUGGAUCACAGCCCUGGAGGAUGGUGGAGAUAUUGUAGAAAUGUGGACUGUGGAGGGAGACUACCUACCCAGAUCGCUCUGCGCGAGUUUCAAGCUGAUGUUACGACCAAAAAUUGUCUCCAUUUCAGCUUCAAGGGAAGGAAGGAGUGAACAGAAAUCAGAAGAGAGAAAUGGCGGGAGGAGGAGGAUUUGUGUACGGGGAAGUGGUGGCGUUUUCAGCGAUGGUGAGUAUAGAGUGUAUGAAUGUUGGGCUGAACACACUCUUCAAAGCUGCAACUAUGGCGGGCAUGAGCUACCAUGUCUUUGUUGUCUAUUCCUACGCAAUUGCUACUCUUGCUCUCCUCCCGGCUCCUUUCUUCUCCCGCAGAUCAAGAGCUCUUCCUCGGUUAAGUUUCUCUGUACUAUGGAAAAUCGGCCUUCUUGGGGUCAUUGGAAGCUCAUCCCAGAUCAUGGGAUACGCAGGCAUCAAUUACAGCUCUCCUACGCUUGCUUCUGCUAUAGGCAACCUCACUCCAGCUUUUACCUUUUUACUUGCUGUCAUUUGCAGAAUGGAGAAAGUCAUUGUGAGGAGAAGAUCCAGUCAGGCCAAAGUACUGCACAGCAGUCUCAAUAGCAGCUCACCAACCCAAAACUGGGUCCUUGGUGGGUUUUUCCUCACCUGUGAGUACCUUCUAGUUCCUUCAUGGUACAUUGUUCAGACUCAAAUUAUGAAGGAGUACCCAGCUGAAGUCACGGUAGUCUUCUUCUACAAUAUAGUUGUGUGCAUCAUAGCAGCAUUUGUUGCUCUUGUUACAGAAGGGACUUCUCCAACUGCCUGGAUAUUGAAGCCUAAUGUAGCGUUAGCAUCCGUGGUUUGCUCGGGAUUUGGAUCGUGCUUGAACAACAGUGUUCAUACAUGGGCACUGCGGAUCAAGGGACCUGUGUUUGUAGCAAUGUUUAAGCCGUUGUCCAUCGCCAUCGCUGUUGCUAUGGGCGUGAUGUUUCUGGGCGACACACUAUCUGGGAAGUGUGAUUGGGGCAGUAGUAAUAUCUAUUGGAUUUUACACUGUGAUGUGGGGAAAAGCUCAAGAGGAUGAUUUCACAGAGGCCUGCGUUGCUGCUAGUUGCUGCAGCCAGCAGCAGGAAACUCAUUCCGCAGAGAAGGCUCCUCUGUUGCAGAGUUACAGAAGAAAUGCACAAGUUGAAGCAGACACCAUUGCAUUUGCGACAAAGUGAAGAAGCCAAAUUGCUUGAAAACCUUGUGUGUGUCCGGUGUUCUUAAAGAAGGAAAAGGCCUUUGCUCAUCAUCAGCAGUAUCGAGAGCUAGAACAACCGUGCAGAACAAGCAACAGCGGCUGAACCGGGGAUGGAUAUGCAGCUUCAAUGGCCAACCUGUAGCGUGUUAGCAGAAUGAAGGAUUAUUUAUGUCAACUGGGAGGAGAAACUCAUAGAAACCUGUAAAUAAUCAUCUCCACAAACAGGUUCCUGUAUUUUGUCAGUUGUCCGUUUAUAGCCCAUUUAAUUACAAAAUCAAUCCAAAUUCAGCUAGUUUAUGGUUAGGAUCAACGAUGCUUAAUAAGUACGUAUUUGAUAG